AUGACACCUUCAGCGAACGAUGAGGCUGGGUGCAAGUCGGGGAGAUGGGGAGCCAUUCUUCGUUUCCUCCGCUUCUUGCCUAAGAACAAGUUGAACAAAACGGAAGCUUCAUACUUUGCCUUAUUUAGGACCUUACGAGAUGUCCAAUCGCGCAUCAUCCUUCUCGGGGGCGUUCUGCUGGCCAUCGCGGCAGGUGCUCCCCUUCCUAUCAUUGGUGUUAUAUUUGCCAGAAUUAUUGAUGGCUUUCCGCCCACCGAAAAGGAUGUCAAUCAGCGUAUUGUCGAACUAAUAGCAGUUGCUUGUGCUUAUUUCGUUGUUACAUGGGGUUGGGCAUCAUGUUGGAGUAUUGUUGGCGCUCGCAUAUCUGGAAGCCUACGAACUCAGAUGGUUGAUAGAGCCUUGGGAAUGGAUCAAACCUACUAUGAAACAGAAUGUCCAGAUAUAACUAGCAGGUUGACGGUUGAUGCUCAAACGGUCCAGUCCGGUACGGCAGAAAAAGCUGGGAUAUUUAUUCAGUCCCUAAGUUACUUCGUUGUAUCAUUUACUGUAGGGUUCAUACUCAAUGCAAAACUCACCGGGAUUCUUUUCGCGGCAGUUAUUCCGUCGAUGGCGUUGGUUAUUGUCACUGGCACCUCGGCUCUAAACAAUAUCUCCAAAGAUGUCUCGGAAAACACGUCGGAAGCUUCGUCAGUCGCCGAGGGUGCGAUCAAAGCUGUCCAGGUGGUACAAGCAUUCGACGCUUUCGAGAUUUUGACGAGCACCCACAAGAGGCAUCUGCAAACGGCCAUGAAGUUUGGUAUAAGGAAGGCAAUUGCUGGUGCGGCCCUGUUAGGCAGUGUCUUUUUCAUCGCAUAUGCUGCAAAUGCUCUCGCUUUCUGGCAGGGCUCGCAAAUUGUGAGGAACAGUGAGAAAGGAGGAGGAAGUGCAGGGACAGUAUACGCGAUUGUGUUCCUGAUUUUGGAUGCUUCGUUUGUCAUUGGUUCAGCGGGACCCUUCAUUCAAUCAUUUGCCCACGCGUCCGCAGCCGGUCAUCGAAUUUUAAAUCUUAUACAUCACCCAGAUAUUCCCAUCGAUGUCUACUCAGAGGAGGGAGUCCAUGCAGACGAGCAGACUUUAGGACCUGAGAAACACAUCUCGUUCAAAAAUGUCAGCUUUGCGUAUCCUGCCCGACCUAUGGAGACGGUUUUGGAUAAUUUCAAUCUCGAAAUUAGCACAGGAUCGACCGUUGGCAUUGUUGGUGCUUCUGGCAGCGGAAAGUCUACCAUCGCUGCUUUAUUGUUGCGGCUUUACGACCCAUCCCAAGGAGAUAUCAGCAUUAAUAACCAUAAAAUUCCCGAUUACAACCUUGCGAGUCUGAGGAACCAGAUGGCCCUGGUAGAUCAGGACCCUGCAAUUUUCUCUGGUACCGUCUAUACCAACAUUCGUGAUGGUUACAAAGGUGACCGGCUCCCAGAGAGGGAAAUGAAAGCCAAAUGUGUGAAGGCCGCGAAGGCAGCGGAUGCUUGGACAUUUAUCGAAUCGCUACCAAAUGGGAUCGAUACCUGGUUGGGAGAACCGGGCGGCACAAAGCUCUCCGGUGGCCAAAAGCAGCGCCUUUGCCUAGCUCGAGCUUUGGUUGGGGAUCCAGCUUUGCUCGUGUUGGAUGAAGCCACCAGUGCGUUAGACACCAUUAGCGAGGCUGCGAUUUUGACUUCUCUCGGGAAAUCCAGGGCUUUGGGCCAUCGCACGACAGUAAUGAUCGCCCAUCGUCUUGCUUCUGUCAAAUCUGCCGAUGUUAUUAUCGUUAUGGCAAAAGGCCGCAUUCUGGAACAAGGAACUCAUCAAUCACUGAUGUCAACUGAGGAUGGACCAUAUAAGAAGUUGAUUGAGGCACAACAGUUUGCUCCAGAUAAUGUCUCAGAAAUAUCCACCGAGAGCAAAGAUAUUGUCAUUGAGCGAAACAUGUCCAAUGUCGAGGAAAGGUUGGUGGCAGAAGUUGAGGCUCCAGAGUCAACAGGGGCAGUUAAGGAUAAAACCAAGUCAUACGGAACAUUCGCUAUCAUUAAACGCUGCUUAUCCCUAGGUCGUUCUCGGUUACUCUUCACACUCUUAGCGUUAAUGGGUUCGAUGAUCACUGGUGGCUUGAUAUUGGGGGAGUCGAUUGUCUUCGGUCAUUUGGUUGACCUCCUCAAUGGACCUGUUUCUUCAGGUCGCGUUAACUUUUUCUGUCUGAUGUUCUUUGUUCUGUCUCUACUUGCCCUCUUAGGAUAUAUUACCUCUGGAUCGUGCUUUGGAAUUGUUUCUGAGCACUUAAUCUUACGUACUCGGGAUUUAUCACUUCGAACCAUCCUUCGGCAAGAUAUGGAGUGGUUUCUCCAGCCAGGUCGAAGUACAUCCGCACUAGUUUCCAUCAUAAACAUGGAUUCAGGUCAUAUAUCUGGGCUCUCGGGUGUUAUAAUUGGAACGAUUGUCUCUGCUUUGGUUUCCGUUGUUGGGGGUGCCAUUUUGGCUCAUAUUGUCGCUUGGAAGAUAGCAAUUGUGUUGUUCGCGACCUCUCCCAUUGUCGUCCUGGCAGGGUUCUUCCGACUGCGUGUGCUUGCAAAGCUCGAUGAGAAGAAUCAAAAGGCUUAUACUGAGGCGGCAUCACUCGCAACAGAGGCAUGCAAUGCGAUUCGUACCAUCGCAGUUUUGGGGACGGAGAGAGAUACAUCGGAAAGGUUUCGUCUUGCCGUGGGGAAGUAUCGAGCACAAACACUUCGAGACACUGCUCUAGGAAAUCUUCUCCUCGCUGGCGCUCUAGCAAUUACGUAUUUCGUGUACGCCUUAGCGUACUGGUGGGGGUCCAAACAAGUACGAUCCGGCGAAAAUACCAGCCUCCAGUUCUUCAUUGUUCUUCCGGCUAUUCUGUUUUCGGCGCAAGCUGCGGGUCAGAUAUUCUCCCUAGCACCGGAUAUUGGCCGUGCCAAAGGUGCAGCCUCGCGAAUCUUUGCGCUACAUGAUCAAAAGCCUAGUAUUGACACGGCAUCGCCUGAUACGGGGUCUUCCCCCACUUCUUCUGAAGUCGAACCCAAGAGUGGUUCGACUGGAAAGGGCUCAGUUACGUUCCAAAAUGUCGGUCUAACAUAUGGCUCUCGGCCGGAUAAUCCGGUCUUCACCAAUCUCAAUAUCUCAAUCAAAGCUGGUGAAACCGUGGCCCUGGUUGGUCGCUCUGGUACUGGAAAGACAUCCACAAUAUCACUUAUCGAACGCUUCUAUGAUCCUACAGCCGGCUCGAUUCUCAUAGACGGCGUGGACAUACGAUCAAUACCCGUAUCGCAGCACCGCGCGAGGAUAAGUCUAGUUGCUCAAGAUCCCGAUUUAUUUUCUGGAAGCAUAGCGUUCAAUGUUGGACUAGGUGCUCGCCCAGGACAUAAUGCCGCGAGAGAGGAGGUUAUGGAGGCAUGUAAGGCGGUUGGAAUACAUGAAUUUGUUAGCGGACUGCCUGAUGGCUAUGAAACACAAUGCGGUAACAACGGCUCCCAGCUCUCUGGCGGACAGAAACAGCGCGUUGCAAUCGCACGAGCAUAUAUCCGAAAUCCUGAGAUCCUCCUUCUUGAUGAAGCUACGUCGGCCUUAGACUCUCACUCCGAAACCCAAAUCCAAGAAGCCAUCAUGGUGGCAUCCCGCAAAUGUACAACAAUUAUGAUUGCCCACCGGCUUACGACCGUGCAAAAGGCAGAUCGGAUAUUAGUCUUUGAUAAGGGUAGGAUUGUGGAAGAGGGGAGACAUGAAGAACUAGCUAGGGCAGGUGGCAUUUAUGAAGAGAUGGUUAGGGCACAGAAUUUGGGAUAA